AUGGAAAAGUUGAUUCAGAAUAGUGAUUAAUCAUCCAGUUUGAGCUAUUAUAUAGAGCAUAACCAAUAAAAAGAGCAUCAUAAAUCCUCUGAGAUUGAGGGUGGCUCAGUUAUGAUAGACAAUAGCGCGGUUGAAUGCAUGGAAAGACUAAUGCUUUCAGAGCCAGCUCAGAAAUUAGAAAGAUGUCUCAAUACUAACUGGUAAUAGUUAGAAAUGCUUGUGGCAAUCUUGCAGUAGACUCCAAUAGACAAAUCAGAGGACAUUUUCAAUCUAUAUCAAGAUCCGAAAUAAAAUAAUCGUAUUGUUUUGGCAGAAACGCAAUUUAACCUGAUAAGGAAAGUGUACACUCGCUGCUACAUAAAUAAUAAAUUCUCACUAAAUGAUGACCAACUAAUCAUCUAGUUUUUCAUGAAUUUAAAAGCUCUGCAUUAAAGAAUAUAGAAGCAAGAAUCUAUAAAAUCUAGCAGAAAGCAAUGA